UGUUUAUUUUCAUCUGUUGCAAUAAUAUCAGUAAACACAACUAAAUGAAUAUGCUCCUCUGAUGAUGGGCCUUGCUUAGAUUUCAAUGGAUUGCUUUGGAAAGCUAUGCUAGCUACCUUUUUACCUAUUUUCCACACAAAUAUUUUCUGGUUGAAAUCCAAUCGAUAAUAAUUAUCAAGUAACCAAUCUUAUCCUAACAGGAUAUCUAUGGCACCAGCAACAAUGUUUGAUGGAAGUUCCACUUUUUAAUCGUAACUGGUAGUCAUGUUUCUUUUUUAAUUUGCUUCCCUUUAUUACAGGUGGUUCCGGUAACACACACUCCCAUUACUGGUACUAGGAGGCAACAAUAUUUCUUCCUCAUUAGCGCUAGCCAUGGUGUAAGAUUAAUGAUAUUUUAUGCACAGAAUAUAGGUGAACAUCAACUUUCUUUCCAAAAAUGUCACUCACUACUAUUGGUUUACAAUGUUCUCCCUUAGCUGUUACUUUUCCUUCUUUAAACAACUACUCAAGAAUAGGUCUCAGCCAUGUGAGGAUUACUGACUUCUCUGAAUGAGGGCCUACUAUUCUAUUAUUAGUUUGGCAUGGAUCUUAGUGUCAAAUCUUUUUCCUGAACUUUAGGGUGAAUUUUACAGCAAUUCAUCCACAAAGCUUUAAUGUAGCAAAAAUUAUAUUUAUAUCUUUUUUAGUAAUAGGUCAAAUUUCGGACAACUUUUUCCAUAAUGAAUCAUAUUUCAACCAAAUUUUUUUCCAGAAAUCCAAAUGUUUGUCGUAUUUUUAAGUACACAAGAAUAUAAACACGAAAAUUUUACUCACAUGACAAUGUUUGAGGUAAUGUUGUCACAAUUAAACACAAUUACUACAAAGAUUUAUUUAUCGGGUUUAUAGUAGACAAGCAGUGUAACACAUUAUGUAGUCCGUUCACUGAUAUAAAGAUUGUUGCACAGAGUCUACAAAACAUUCUCGAAGCCAACAAGGGUGGCUUCUGGCGUAAUAAACGUAGCACAAGUAGUCGCCCCAUUCAGUUUGAAUACAAAGUUAGUCCUAUUCAAUGAAACCAGGGGAGAAAUUCUUCAGCAAUAACAACGAAAUAUUAUUUUAUAAACUAUAUGAAGUUAAGGUUAAUGGGGGAAACUGCUUUAACGUGUAAAACACUGCAACAGCUCCAAACACAGUAGCUGCACGAAGAUAAGUGCUGAAAAGGACAGCAGACGAACGCUGUUAUUUGAGUAGACAUGUCCAUCUUCAGAGGUGCAAGAACUUGUUUAAGAUGGUAGUGUCUUGCAAUGUCCUAUUGGAGAAGCUGAAGAAUCCCCGCUUCAGACAGUUCUUGAAGUACAAAAUAAAUCCAGUUCCAGAUGAAGCUACGCUGAGAAACGACUAUUUAUCUGUGUGCUACGAGGAAGUGCUCGACAAAAUACGAACUAAAGUUGUUGACCAAGAGAUUAGGGCGUCUAUCGGAAAUCACCAAUUUGGAUAGGGGUUAAAUUGUAAAUACUUUUGUUGGUGUCCUUAAAGUUGACGGACCUGGAGAAAUGUUUCUCCUAAGGGUGUGAAGCUCUCAGCAGAAUAAACAGCUCGACAACUGCCUUUGUGUUUGACAACUCAAUGAAGCUACUGUCACUAGUUGGUGUGAAUAGAGACGAAUAAAUGGUGCUUCAUACAUGGCUGUAGCAGCCUACAGACUUCAGAGUCUCUAUCCCAGUGUGGCACACAUCACUUGCCUUGCACACGCAUUGUACAGAGCUGUAGAAGAGGUGAAAUUAAAUUGCACUGAUGUGAGCCAACCGAUCUCCUCUAGCAAGAAAAUCUAUGUGAAAGCUCCACUAAGAGUACAAUAAUUAAAGAACAGGGAGCUUCCCUCCAUUUCCCCCUCAGCUUGUAUUUACACAAUGAGGUUCUUGGGUUAAUGUUGUUGAGUAUUACUGUACCUAUUACACCAAAACAAGACGAUCUUUUCUGAGCCUGAUAGUGAUUAAUAAAGUGCUAUCAGAACUGCCAAAGAGUUCUUUACACAUACGUUGUCUCUAAACUUGACAUACAUCAACGCGCUGUGUCAUCCGAACAAGACACAGGUGCAAAGAUGCGAGCUGCUGCCAGUGCCAUAGAGACUCUCCACUUGCGCGAGUUCCACCUGCGCCACUGUUGGUACUGAGCAUGGAGGUAAGAAUAGAGGGAGACGCUGUGAUGUCACAGCUGUGAAGCUAUGUGAAGCCGAGGGUAGCCAUCUCAAUCCGACCAAAACAUUGCUGCUGUAAGCUUGUGUGCAUAGGCUUGUCGCUCACUUUUGGAAGGAUUUUGCGCUAUUAUGGUGACUUGUGUGGUGUUCGGAUGUACGAAUCUUUCUGAUUGUGAUGCGAAAUCGAAGGGAAUAACAUUUCAUGUGUAAGUUGUCUCGUUAAGUGUGAUUUUACAACUUCAUUGUGAAUGAACGUGUGCUACAUCGGUACUUGUACUAUAGCGUGUUUUUCUCCUGUAGAUUUCCUAAAAAUGAAAGUCGGAAAGCUCUGUGGGAGAAUGCCAUGAGAAGGAAGAAUUGGUGUGCGUCUAAAUGGAGCACUAUAUGUUCUCAGCAUUUCCGAGAAGAGGACAUAGACCGAACUUCCGUUUCAACAGUAAGGCUCCGAGAAAAUGCUGUACCAUCAGUUUUCCCUACACACCCAAAACAUUUGCAAAAGGAUUGUCAGCGAACAUGGCGUUAUCGUUUGAACAAAGGAAAUGGAUGCUAAAGUGUUACUGGAAAACAGAGAAUUACAGAGUUGGAAGGGCACGAUAUAAUGAAAUCAAUUGCCUAUCAAUGUAUGUGUCAAGGUCUCACUGCAAUAUUGUGAAGAAAGACAAAGGAUUAUACAUAAUAGAUGGUGGGAUAAAUUGUGUUGUAAUGCGAGGUUUUAAUGAAGAUGAAGUGUGCAGUUUUGUGGAGUUAACAAAAGAGAAAAAUGUUGAUGUAAGAUUUAUCGAGUACUUGCCUUUCAGCGGCUACAAAUGGAAUGAUGGGAAGAUGGUCUCAUUUAGUGAAAUGCUCCAAAUAAUUAGAAAGCAGUGGCCUAAUUUUGAUCCUCUUCCCAAUGGGCCCAAUGAUAUCUCAAAGGCAUACCAUGUCCCGGGCUUCAAGGGACAUGUGGGAUUUAUAACCUCAAUGAGUGAACACUUCUGUGGCACGUGCAACCGUUUACGGAUAACAGCUGAUGGCAAUUUGGAGGUGUGUCUCUUUGGGAAUUCAGAGAUAUCUCUCAGAGAUGCAAUACGAAGCAAAUGCAGUGAGGAUGACUUGCUUGCCAUGAUUGGGGCAGCAGUGAGAAGAAAGAAGAAACAACAUGGAGGCAUGCUGAACCUGUCAAAGAUGAAGAAUCGGCCAAUGAUUCUUAUUGGAGGAUAACAGUGGCCCUGAACUUAAUGGCUGUAGUGAUGUCGUGAAGGCACAAAGUCGGAAGUUGUUAAACCUUCAGAAACAAGAUUUUCGAAAGUACUUCUUCUCAGAUACCAAUAUUUCGCCCCUGUUUGUGUCGGAUACAUAGAUGUCUCAGUUGUUGUCACAUAAUUUGAGUGUAGUGACUGAAUCUAGAAAACAGUUUCUUUUGCUUCCCUGUACCCCAAGCAUUAUGUGCAAUGCAGGACUCCUAACAAGACAAACACACAGAGCACAGCCCUCUGUCUUCUCUUGCCGUUUCUGCAGUUUGGGAGCACAGUCCGGAAGUCUGACUCAUGUUGACCGGACCGGCAGGGCGAAAAUGGUCGACAUGGGUUCGAAGUUGGUGACAGAACGGACUGCUACAGCACGAGCAAAGGUUUUUGUGGGACCCGAACUGAUGAAACUCGUAUGAGAAAAUGGCCUGAAGAAAGGUGACGUACUUAGCAUUGCUCGCCUGGUGGGAAUUGUGGGGUCCAAGCAGACGUCCAGCCUUAUCCCUCUGUGUCAUAACAUAUCUUUAUCCUCUGUGGCUGUGGACAUUGAACUGGACUCUGCUCUCAACUGUGUGAUUAUAACUGGCACGGCAAAGUGUAGAGGGCAGACGGGCGUGGAGAUGGAAGCUCUCACUGCUGUAUCGGUGUCUGCCUUAACAGUGUACGAUAUGUGCAAAGCUGUGAGU